AUGGGCUUAGGCCCAUCGCAGAAUACUAGUACUGUCCAUGAUUUAACAGUGCACCAGGCAACUCCUGAGGACAUAUUGCGACGCCAUGAGAUACAUAAGUCAAAGAAUAAAGCGUUGGUGCACUUGGAGCUACAAGAGAAAGCACUGAAAAGAAAAAUAAAGAAGCAGAGGCAUGGGGCUCCUGAUUCCCUGGACAAAAGGAAGUUGGCCCUCAUGCGAGAGAUUCUAUCUGACCAGUACCAGCUGCAAGAUGUGUUGGAAAGGUCUGAUCAGGCCAUGGCUGUGGUGAAGGACCUGUUUGGGGAUGCUCCUCGCAGACACGCAGGUUUCCCUAAUGUAACCAUGGCUCCAGACUGUGACCUGGAAUACUUCCGAAGUCCCAUUAUACAAAAACGUGAUCCUCCCACCCAGCUUUCCAUCCUCAGUGAGUCUGUCAUGGAUUCCCAGGCUCUCAAUGAAAUAGAAGGGGAAAGCUCCUCCACUUGUCAUUCAGGGGACAGUGCAGACGAACAGAAUGAGUUUCUGAACUACAAGUCCAGCAUUGACACAGACAGGCUUCUCUGUUUACUGAAAAAAGAAAAUUCUGUGGAAGCCUCCCAGCUGUGGGCUGAUGAGAAAAUGAAAACAGCUACCCCAUCACAGGAAACAAAUGUACCUGUCACUCCUACGACUGCUUCAUUGCCUUUGGAAGACACAGCCCUCAAUGCUACUAAUGUGGUCAGGAGAAUCCAUUCAAGGCUUCAGAAUGAGGAGCAGCAUGACGAGCACGCUCCAGACUCCCCUUACACUGCAAGACAAGUGCUGAACCCUAACCCAAGGAAGCACAAGCAAGCUUCAGGAAAAGUGAAAAGAAAACAAACUACACAGAUACCAUCUAAGCAAAAGAGGAAUGAUUGUCUUUCUAAUUCAAUCACCCUCAACCUCCCAAGCAAUAAUACAUCCAGCUUGGAUAUCCUGAAUCACAUGAUACGUGACGUAGAGAAUGAGUUGGAGGAAUACGAGAGAUGUACAGGCCGCGAGGUCCAGAAAACACAGAAUUGUCAGGGUCUCACUGGGUUUACUUUGUCACUAGUGAAUGCUGUCUGUCGUCUGAUGCGCUACCUCAAAGAGAGUGAGAUGCAGCUGCGUCAAGAAGUGGUGAUGAAGCAGAAGCUUGAGGGGGUUCUGAAUGAACACAGAGAGUUGAUUGAUGCUCUGACAGCUGAAAUCCUUUUAGUCAGGGAAGAAAGUAUUGCGACACAGAAACAACUACAGCAGUAUAUGGUGGUAACAGAUGAACAGCUGACUUCACUCACUUUAGCAUAUAAAAGCCUCCUUUUGACAGAUCCUAAGAGAGGACAGAGUCCAAGUAGUCUUGGAAUUGCAAUCAGAGAUCCAACAAACAUCCAAGAGAGGUCUGUUUUGAAUUCCACUCUGCCCAAGACUGAUGCUUGCAGAGGAAAUAUGCUCAAAUCCCCACAAGAGGAACUGUCUGUCCAGCGUCCUCAGUGGUCAAGUCCCCCAGACACUGUAGGAGUGGGCAACAGUUUGCCCAUGCAUGUGUUCCAGCCAGCUGUGUUGUUAUCACCACCUAGACAGAAGAGCAUCCAGGAAUUCUCUCCUCUUCAGAAUGCACUGAACAGAACAGUUCAAACACAUUUUACCUCCCAGGUCUCUCCAUCUACCCAGAACACUGAAAGGAAAGCAAGUGGGGAAAAGAGCUCACCUUCCUCUGUGGGAACACAGAGCACAGAUGGGGAGAACCGUCUGCUCAUCCAAAGGUGGCAAGUUCCUCCCACAUCCAAGGACUCUGAGAGUUCUUUGCAAUCACAUGGCCAGCCAGUGAGCAGUAUCUUCUCUUUGGAGCAGGGGCAGGCCCCUGGUGUUGCUGGGGAGGGGGCAAAGCCCAAUGCCACUGAAGAAUUUUCUCAGAACAAAGAUCUGCUGGGACAAAUCGCUGAGCUAACGCGGCAGAAUGCUCUCAUCAAAGCUCAGUUGAGCAAAUUCAAAGGCUGCUCUCAAGAGGCAGGGGACAGCCUGCACCAGCUAGGUACAGUGCAGAAUACACACACUGCUCUAGAUCCAGCUACCCAGGGACAGACUUUUCUAGGAGCCUCAAAGAACUUGGAGGAGCGAAUAGCAGAGCUGAAUCGUCAGAGUGCAGAAGCCCGUGGAAAACUGCUGCAGCUGAUAGAACAGCAAAAAUUGGCUAGUGUCAGCACAGUCUCUCCAUCAAUCUCUCCUAUUCCACCACCACCCAUAAAUUGGACUGGAAAUGCAAAGAGGACAAUUGAGGUGUCUGUUCCAGUGGCAGAAGCUUGCAACAGCUCCAAAGAAGGCACUCCUUCCUCUGCCAGUGGGCCCAGUGCACAGAGAACUUCAGCUGCCUCUAGUAAGGCCUGUUCACCAUUAAGCACCUCUUCAGGAAGUGUGAGAUUAACUCCUGUCAAUCAGAGGCCAAAGGUGGAGAAGGAAAGAGAAGAAGGCUGGUUUGCACUAGCAACACACUUCUUGUAAGAGAGGAUGAAUUGCACAUAUCCUAUUUUAUUUUUAAAUUAUUUUUUGGAGACUACCAUGACAUCCCUCCCCAAGGCUGUAAGACCAAAGUAUCCACCUGUCAGUGCCAUUUGUAUAGAGAUCCAGCUCUUGUGUCUGUGUCCUCCUUCAAACUAAUGCAGUCAUAAGUACAGGCUUGAGAAUGGGACGUUCAGAUGGACAGUAGGAUGUUAUCUUCUAGUUCCUGUUGGAUGAUAAAGGGCUAUACCUGCCCCUCAGCACACAUCUGAAAUUACAUUAUAUAUGCUAAAGAAAGAGGCUUCUGGAGAAGAUACCUUCCAUGGCCAUCUCUGAUGCAUGUAUUGAUACAAAGGUAACCAGGAUUGAGGAUUGACUGUGUGUGCACAUGUGCAUCAAACAGCCUUGAUCACCAUUGGUGAACUAGUCUGUCGCAUGACUGGAUACACGUGCAUUAGAAAGAAACCAUUUUUGAUAUGCUGCAUGUGGUGAAUGGUUUGUGGAAGUUCAUAUUCUUGUAUAAAGACAGUCCUCUAAUUAAAUAGUUGUGACUGAUAAAUCAACUGUAUAAACAAGACCACGGUGAUGCUUCAAUUUUUGACACCUAUAUGCUAGUACACAUAAGUGCCCAGUCUUACUGCUUCUCUGUCACAGUGAGUAGCCUCACUCUGAACUGAGCCUCAGCAAGAUUUUCCUUAAAAUGAGGGAAAUGCUUAAGAGCGAAAUCCAUUUUUUCCAGAGUCCCCAGCCAGUUCUCAACACUCCGCAUAAAGAAGGCCUUCAUGCCAUAGACCUAUUUUCAUUUCCCAAGGCAAAGAAAACAUUUUUCUGAGAGUCCUUUGGUCCUGCAACUCUUUUUCUGUGUGGACUUCUUGCUACCCCCAUCAGGUCUGACUUCAAAGCCAGAGAAUCUUGUGAAAUGGAGCACAAGAGCUAGAAGCAAAGGAAGUACAUUCUUCUCAGUGAACACAGAAGAUACCAUUUAAAAUGAUUAUGAAUAUUUCUUUGUAACAGGAAAUCCUCCAUUCUGGUAUUCCCCUCCCUCUCUCCCUCCCUCCCUCCCUGCACAGAGUUUGUGUUUCUAGUUUUGAAAAACUUUGGACAGUUGAACUUUAGGGUUGCAGAGUGCUCACAGGAACAGAUGGUUAACUGAGUAUCUGCUUCCCCUGCCCUCAGUGGUGUGGUUAGCCCAUUAGUGAUGACUUGAAAUUUCCCUCUUUUUACAAAGAUACUUACAGUAAGUUGAAAAGGUCACUUUGAAGUUGAAACCUGAGUUUCUCUACUUGCUUUUUUUUUUUACACCCUCCAGACCGCCAAUCUCUUUGAUACCACAGUGUUCUAUGUUAAAUUGUUCUGCAUGUGUGCAUUAUCUAGGGGUUGCCAUAUGAUAUUGUGUACAUUUUAUAUGGUACUUUUUAACCUAGCAAUCAUUCAUGAGUGAUUAAAGAAUUUUAUUAAUAUU